UUGCCUUUAUUUAAUUAUUCCCUCCGAGGUGACCGGCGAUCCCCGGUACGUAAACGUACGGAACUACCGCGCCCGGAUUUACCGCCGUCUCUUUAAAUGCUGGAGCGAACCCCCUCGCUCUCCUCUUCCCCCACCCUUGGCUCCUCCACUGCCUCCACCGAGAAGAACCGCCGAUCGAACGGUCCACGAACGAGAUCGGGCCAUCCGACGGCCCUCCUCUUUCCUCCUUGUAAGUCUGUGAUCCCCCGUCUUCAUUUCCAACUCCUCUGUUGCUUAGUGUAGAGUUCAGACUUUCAGAGGUUUGGAUCAAAGAUUGAGGGUUUUGAGAGAAGAAUUUCGAAGCCCUAGAAUUGAGAUCGGCUUCGAUCUGGUCGAAAAUGGGGAAGGCCGGGAGGGAUUGGAUGCAGAUCUACGCGAUUUACGGCACCGACGAGGGGCAGACGGUGGCGUUUCUCUCCUUCCACGCCGCCAUCUUCGCCGCCGUCUCCCUCCUCCUACUCCUCUACUUCGUCCCAAUCUUGGAUUUCUUCCAUUCCCUCCUCCCCGGCGUUCCCCUUCCGGCGAUCCGCUUCGCUGCCGGUUUCACCGGCUCCGUGGCGGCCCUGUCGGCUCUGUGCCUGCUGUUCGCCGCCGGCAACGUGCUGUACUCCUCGGUGGCGCUGCGGUGGGAGAUGGCGCAGCGGAUGGUGGCGGCGGUGCCGGACUGGGUGGCGGUGCGGACGGCGCUGGACGUGGGGUGCGGGCGGGGGAUGCUGCUGAACGCGGUGGCGAAGCAGAUGAAGAAGGAGGGGUCCGGGGGCAGGGUGGUGGGGCUGGACCGCCGGCGGGAGACGGCGGUGGCGGCGCUCCGGCGGGCGUGGGCGGAGGGGGUGCAGGAGUACGUGACGUGCCGGGAGGGGGACGCCCGGCGGCUGCCCUUCCCGGACGCCUACUUCGACGUCGUCGUCUCGGCGGUGCACCUCAGCGGGCUCGGCCGGAUGGCAGCCGGCGGCGGCGGGUCGGCGGCGGCAGCGGCAGCGGAGAGGGGGAGGGGGCUGGGGGAGGUGGUGAGGGUGUUAAAGCCCGGAGGGGUGGGGGUGGUGUGGGAUUUGGUGUGCGUGCCGGAGCUCGCGCAGAGGCUGAGGGAGAUGAGAAUGGAGGAGGUCAGGGUCUCGGAUCGGGUCACCGCCUACAUGGUUAGCAGCCAUAUCGUAUCGUUUCGGAAGCCCACCGUCGCCUCCGUGGAGGCCCAGCAGCCGCUCGAUUGGAGGGCCACCAUCGUUUGAUUCUGUUCACAAGGAAUAACAGAACCAUACCUCAAAAAGUACCGUAUUGGUGGUAGUUUUUUCCCUGAAAGGGAAGAAAAAGGAACCUCAACUGUGAAUUUUUGGAGUUAGUGAAUGGUAUAGGAUGCUUGGAUUCAUAGACAUAAAGGAUAUAUAUGUGAUGUACAGUGGCUUUAAUCUUAUUAAGGUUGCAGCUUAAUAUGCAAAAAUAAAUGCAAGUUUUGUUGGUUGCUAAAAUAA